CAGAUUCACAAAGAUAGCAACCAUAACGACUCUUUUUUUUUUUUUUCUUCUUUCAAAUUAACCAAAAAAAAACCAAGUUGACUCAAAAAAGCAAACUCCUGUCAUUAGUGCAUUGAAUAUAGAGACCCACCCGGAAAAGGAAAGCCAACCUGAGGUCGGGGAAUCAGAGUUGGAAACCUGGUGGGAAUAGACUGGCUAUAACGGGUUAUAUAUCCGAAGAUCAAGGAAGAGACGAAACCGUGCCUCUCCUUGAAGUGAUUGGAAAACCAGAAUUAAAAAUGGCAGCUGGUGGCGGUGACGGUGGCCGCUGCUACGAGCUUAAUAGUUACAAGGCCAAUGAUGGAAACCACGUAGCCGUUGACGUUCCGGAAACUGCACAUCAGAUUAGCACCGACACAUGGUAUCAAGCAGCAUUUGUCCUCACAACUGGUAUAAACAGUGCUUAUGUAUUGGGAUAUUCUGGGACUGUCAUGGUCCCUCUGAGUUGGAUAGGUGGUGUAGUUGGUCUGAUUUUAGCGACUGCUGUGUCAUUGUAUGCAAAUACACUUGUCGCCAAGCUCCACGAAUUUGGGGGCAAGAGGCACAUUAGAUACAGAGAUCUUGCCGGAUUUUUGUACGGUAAGAAAGCUUAUUCUCUUACAUGGGCACUGCAGUACAUCAAUCUUUUUAUGAUUAAUACUGGUUUUAUCAUCUUGGCUGGUUCUGCCCUAAAGGCUGUCUAUGUUCUUUUCAGGGAUGAUCAUACGAUGAAGCUCCCGUACUUUAUAGCCAUUGCUGGUUUUGUCUGUGCCUUGUUUGCCAUUGGGAUUCCCCAUUUAUCAGCUCUAGGGAUCUGGCUUGGAGUUUCCACAGUUUUCAGCCUGGUCUAUAUCAUUGUAGCAUUUGUGCUUGCACUCCAAGAUGGAAUCAAGGCACCAAGCAGAGAUUAUAGCAUCCCAGGGACAUCAACAAGCAAAAUUUUUACUAUAAUUGGGGCAUCCGCUAAUCUAGUUUUUGCAUUCAAUACAGGAAUGCUUCCAGAGAUACAGGCAACAGUGAGGCAGCCUGUUGUCCCCAAUAUGCUAAAAGCUCUGUACUUUCAAUUCACUGUCGGAGUUUUACCCAUGUAUGCUGUUACUUUCAUUGGAUACUGGGCUUACGGAUCCUCAACAUCAACUUAUUUGCUCAACAGUGUAAAUGGUCCAGUUUGGGUGAAGGCUGUUGCCAACAUCUGUGCCUUCCUUCAGUCAGUCAUUUCACUGCAUAUAUUCGCGAGUCCAACAUACGAGUAUCUGGACACCAAGUACGGAAUUAAAGGAAGUGCUUUUGCAUUCAAAAACUUGUCAUUCAGAGUUCUUGCAAGAGGUGGCUACUUAACACUCAACACGUUUGUCUCAGCUCUCCUGCCAUUCCUCGGGGACUUUAUGAGCCUCACUGGAGCUCUAAGCACGUUCCCACUUACAUUUAUUCUGGCAAAUCACAUGUAUCUAGUGGCAAAGAAGAACAAACUAAGUCCUUUGCAGAAGCUGUGGCAUUGGCUUAACGUUUGUUUCUUCAGCUGCAUGUCUGCCGCGGCAGCAGUAGCAGCUUUGAGACUCAUUGUAGUGGAUUCCAAAACUUACCACAUUUUUGCUGAUGUCUAGAGGUCUUUUCUUGACUUUUGGUUAAGUUUAACUUAGAGCUCUAAGCAUAGAUUGUUUGUCAGGAAAAGAAAGAAAAUAAAAGAGCUUAAGCAUAGAUCAUAUUGUAUUCAUUAUAGUUCCUCCAUAUUUGCAAUACAAGACUCACACUGUUUUUCUUU